GACCCGUAACGGGCUGGACGUGAAGGUGGGCGGCCGUGUGAAGCAGAUGUACGAGGACGACGACACGGUGUCUCUUAUCAUCAAGAACGUCCAGGAGGAACCAAGUUUAAAAAAUUCUCUGCUUUUCGUGUCAUGGCUGAAGGACAACAAGGUGCUGGAGGACAAGCUGGCCGACCGCGUCCAGCAGACCGACGAAGGCAACCGUCACGAGCUCAAGAUACUGAACUGUCGUCCCGAGGACACUGGAAUCUACACGGCCAAGGCCUCCGACACUGACGGCCGCUCUGCCACCUGCUCUGCCCAGCUGCUGGUGCAGGAGCUGUCGGAGGAGGAGCGGACUCUUAAGCUGGCCGAGAAGAAGCCCUUCUUCCUCGUCAGGCUGCGCGACACGACCGUCAUAGAGACGACGAACCUCUCCUACGUCGUGCACGUCAGGGGGGACCCCAUGCCCCCCAACGUUAAGUUCUACAAGGACGGGGCUCUGCUGGCUCAGGACGCUCGUGUCACGCUGCAGAGCGACGUAUCUCAGGGACACUACGAGCUACUUAUCCGCCACGUGCAACGUGCCGACGCUGGCGUCUACACGUGCACGGCCAUCAACGUGCACGGCGAGGCCUCGUGCCAGGGCAUCAUCACUGUCAUGGCUGUUCAGAUACGUGUCGAGGCAUGA